GCCAAAUACCGUUAAAAAGCAUUGUGAGGAAUGGGCAAUUUGGGUUGUCUGUAGUAGGAGAAGUGGUUGAUCGUGGCUGGUAUUCUGGGUUGUCUAUAGUGAGAGAAGUGAUUGAUUAUGGUUGGAUUUGAUUAGGUCUUAGGAUUUUAUUUUUUGGAAAGGUCUAAGGAUGUUUAUUUACUCUCAGAUUAUUAGGCCUAAUCCUAACGACAAUGUCUUAUUGGAAUUUAUUUAAGUCCUGGCAAUAAAAAAUUGUGAUACUAAUAGUGAUUAGUAAUAUUAAAUGUAUAAUGUCCACAGUUUGCUUUGAUCAUCACACAACCACUAUUGAAGCCGGCAACCGCUAAUUGUGUCUAAAGGCCGGCUUUCUCUUGUCUCUAGUGUGAAUUUUCUGUCAAAUCACAACUACUGCGAAGUUCCCUUUUGAACAAAAUUUCUUCUUCAUGCUUGACCUGUACAAUCUUUAUUUCUGAGAUUGUUUUCCAUGUACGUUGAGAAACCUGUCUCUGCAUAGACUUGUUUUCUCUCUCAUUAAAAGAAGGAAUUGGAAAGAAGCCUGUUUCUGAUGGUGAUUAGUUGCUGUUACUGUUUGCAUUGAGUGGAAUUUAAUCUCAAAUUGACUCAAAGAUGAUGGGAGACUAUCGGUAUGUAACAGACCAAAAGGAUAUUAUAAGGUUCUUGAUCACCACUGCAGAUAGUUUUAUACAAGAUCGGUUGAUCAAUAAAGAACAAAGGGCACAGCACAAAGAACAAUGUUCUGAGAGAUUAGCAGCUGAAGAUGGGAGCUGUAACAAGGACAUGGACGUUCAAUACUCUGAUCAAGCAGUAUUAGCAAAUUUGGAUUGGGGAAUUGAAGCCCUUGAAGAAGCUAUUGACACUGCCAAUAUGGAAACAAAGCUAGCACGAUUAGAUUAUGCAGAGAAGAUGCUGCAAGUUUGUGCCAUGUUGAACUCCAACCAGAGAACAGCUGGAGUCCCCAAUUUCUACCUCUCAGCAUGGGCCCACCUUAACCUUUCAUAUUUGUGGAAGUUGCGUAACAAUGUCCACAAUUCAGUUCAUCAUCUUCUUGAGAUGUUUAUUAUUGAUCCAUUCUUCUCAAGGAUUGAUUUUGCCCCUGAACUUUGGAAAGUUUUAUUUCUGCCACAUAUGAGCUCAAUUGUUGGAUGGUAUUCUGAGGCGAGGCACAGGCUGAUGAUGGAAGUGAUUCCUGAUUCUUCUGAUUUGUCAUUUACAGCUGACUUAGAUCAAUUCUUCAAUGAGUCUCUGGUCUUCUCAAUGAAACCAGAUCAAGUGGAAAAAUUGCAAAAGCUAGAGCAACUUUAUGGAGAAUCAUUGGAUGAGAACACACGGCUUUUUGCUAAAUAUUAUGAUGAUUGCACGAAGAUCGAUUCUACUGUAAGCAAAAAGAUGAUUCCAAUGUUGCCAAUAGCAGAGCCACCAAUGACUCCUCUGCAUGAGGUUAGCCGGUCAAUUCCUGACUACGUGAAAUUUGGUCCCAUCUUGCCCAAGAGUGCUGGUUUUUCUCCAGUUUUCCGAUCUAAACAUGGUACAAGAGAAGCUAGCAGAUUAAGUGUAGGUUCAACUUUGUCACAUAAUUUGGAAGAGCCUACCAUGGGGGAUCCUCAGGAGACCAUACUUGAGGAGAAUGAAGAUGAUUCUGAUCGUGAGCCUAAUGAUGGUAAUUUGGAUUCUGAAGAUAAAAGUCGUCAAUUGGUAACUCUUAGCAGCAUGAAAAUUUCUGAGAAUAAGGAAACUGGCACAAGCAUAAAGUCAUCUAAAGCAAACAUCCGAACACAUUCUCCCACAAUCUUUUCUCCUAUUGAUUCCCCAAAAACUUUUUCGCCAAAAGUUUUCUCGCCAAAUCCAGAUGUCCAUUCUAAAAAAGAAUCCAGGUCUCUAUUGCGCCUACUGUCCAGCCAUGUAACAGAUUCUAAUAUUGCCCCCUCUUUAGCUGUCUCUCCACCCAUGAGUAGUUACUACAGCAUGAGCUCACCAGACUCAGAUGGGGAAGUGAUAGAUCUACAGAAAAGUGUCAGGAAAAAUCACAAUCGAGCACGGAGUAUCAGUUAUGACAAUGUAAACAGCCAAGCAUUAGAUAAUAGUUUUGUUAAUGAAAGUGAUGAAGGAAGCCAGAGUUACAUUUCGCUCCCAAUGUCUGAUAAGUUGACUUCUCGUUCAAGACCACCAAAAGAUUUUGUUUGCCCUAUCACAGGCCAGCUUUUUAAUGACCCAGUAACUCUUGAAACUGGUCAGACUUACGAAAGAAAAGCAAUUCAAGAAUGGCUACAAAGAGGAAAUACAACAUGCCCCAUUACUCGGCAAGCUCUCUCUGCAAAUUCACUGCCCAAAACAAACUAUGUUCUGAAGAGACUCAUAACAUCUUGGAAAGAGCAGUAUCCGGAUAUUGCUCAGGAAUUUUUGUACUCUGAAACCCCAAGGACCUCAUUCAGCUCCUCCUCCGUAAAAGAAACUCCAUUGGCAUCCACUCCCUCCAGAAUGUUUGAUUUUCGCAGUUGUAAUAGCACAGAUAGUCACAUACAUCAGAGAAGCAAAAGAUUUGUACAAUCGGCAGUGUCUACAUCACCAACCAGUGUAAUUUCCCAAGCCACUAUUGAAACAAUAAUCAAUGGGUUAAAACCACAUAUUUCAUGUCUCUGCACUUCAGAAAACUUACGAGAAUGCGAAGCAGCAGUUUUAGCAAUAGCAAAAUUAUGGAAGGACUCAAAGGGUGACCCUGGGGUUCAUUCAUAUUUAUCCAAACCAACAAUUGUAAAUGGAUUUGUGGAAAUACUAUCAGCCUCACUAAACAGAGAAGUUCUCAGAACAUCAAUAUACAUUCUCUCUGAGCUAAUAUAUUCAGAUGAAAGUGUUGGAGAGAUUCUGACCAGCGUAGAUUCUGAUUUUGAUUGCCUGGCUGCUUUGCUUAAAAAUGGGCUAGCUGAAGCUGCUGUUCUCAUAUACCAACUGAGGCCAGCAUUUGCUCAGCUUUCUGCUCACAACUUUAUACCCUCCCUUGUCCUUUUAAUCCAGAUCAAAAGCGAAGAUUUGGAUGAUCUUCAGUUAGUAAUAGAGCCAAAGGAUGCUGCCAUAGCAUUGCUUGACCAGAUACUUGUUGGAGGGGAUGAAAACAGCCAGUCCGUUAAUGCUUUGAGUGUUAUUUCUGCAAAUGGAAUUCCAGCGCUGGUCAAGUGUUUGGAUAGGGUGGAAGGAAGAAAAUCUGCUGUUUCCAUACUUCUAUGUUGCAUGCUUGCUGAUAAAAGUUGCCGGAACUUUAUAGCAAGUAGAAUUGAACUAUGUCCUGUUCUUGAAUUAUUUCAUUCGGGAAAUGAUAGUGUCAGAGGUAUAUGCAUAGAUUUUCUUUCAGAGCUGGUUCAGUUAAACAGGAGGACAUUCUGCAAUAAGAUAUUGCAGAUAAUUAAAGAUGAGGGAGCAUUUAGUACCAUGCAUACUUUUCUUGUGCAUCUUCAAAUGGCUCCCAUGGAGCAGCAACCUGCCAUUGCCACUCUUCUUCUUCAGCUUGAUGUCUUGGUCCGCGAGAUCCUUCUCACAAAAGAAACCUCUUUUUGUACAGCAGUUGGCCAUCUAACCAUUGGUUUAUAUUUGUUUUUCCAGGUUGAGCCACGGAAGAUGAGCAUUUAUAGGGAAGAAGCUUUAGAGACACUUAUUGAAGCACUACACAAAAAGGACUUUUCUAAUUCUCAAAUGAUGGCUCUAGAUGCUUUAGUAUCUCUCUCUGGGCGUAUUACUUCAUCUGGGAGGUCCUACAUGGAAGCCUCGUUACUCAAGAUUGCAGGGUUUGAUCAACCUUACAAUGCCUUAAUGAAGGCAGAAGGACUGAAGAACAGAGAAAAUGAUUUGGCGGAAACAAUGGAAGAUGAAGAGAAAGCUGCAAGUUCUUGGGAGAAAAAAGUAGCUUUUGUACUUUGCAAUCAUGAAAAGGGUUCUAUCUUUAAAGCUUUGGAGGAAUGUUUCAAGAGUAAUUCCCUGGAGAUGGCGAAAUCUUGCCUUGUUAUUUCCACAUGGCUCACAUACAUGCUUUCAGUCCUUCCUGAUACUGGUGUCAGAGAGGCUGCUCGUAAGUCAUUGCUUGACGAAUUUAUAAAUGUCCUCCAAUCAUCCAGGAACAUGGAAGAGAAGAUUUUGGCCACCCUUGCAUUAAAAACUUUUGUUAUCGAUCCUGCUGCACUCGAGGAGCUGGGAAAGUAUGCCAAAUGCAUUUAUAAAAACUUGAGAAAGUUUAGGAGAACUUCACCCGUGAUCACUGAUGUACUGAAAUCUUUGAUGAACUUGUCCUCUGUCAAUGCAACAGAGUUGUGGCAUUGUACUGAAGUUAUUGAGCUGGAAUCAUCUGGAAAUGGUGACGUUCUAUCAUUGCUUCAUUUGAAAGGUCGUGUUUUGAGCAGCCAUUCUGAUGGGACCAUAAAGGUGUGGGAAUCUGGGAAGAGGGUUCUAAGGUUAAUUCAAGAAGUUCGCGAACACACAAAAGCUGUCACAUGCCUCUAUGUUCCAUCUUCUGGUGACAAACUGUAUAGUGGCUCCUUGGACAAAACAAUUCGGGUUUGGGCAAUAAAGCCCGAAGAAAUUCAUUGUGUUCAAAUUCAUGAUGUAAAAGAGGCAGUAUGUGAGUUGACAGCUAAUGCUAAAGUCGCAUGCUUUAUCUCUCAAGGAACAGGAGUUAAGGUGUAUAAUUGGUCUGGGGUUCCAAAGCAUGUAACUUUCAAUAAAACUGUGAAAUGCCUUGCCAUGACAGGGGAUAAAUUAUAUUGCGGAUGCUCUGGAUACAGUAUCCAGGAGGUGGAUUUGUGCAAAUUGACAUCAACCACAUUCUAUUCUGGUACAAGAAAAUUGUUGGGGAAACAAAUCAUACAUUCCCUACAUAUUCAUGAUGGUCUACUAUUUGCUGGCGGUUCAGCAAUUGAUGGGACGGCAGGAAAGGUAUUUUCUCACUGCACAAAAGCGGUGGUAGGAUCAUUUCUGACAGGAUUCGACAUCCUGCAUAUUGUAGUCAACAAUGACUUCAUAUUCACAGCUACAAAAUGUGGGGUGAUUGAGGUUUGGUUAAAAGAAAGAAUCACAAGAGUUGCCUCUAUUAAGAUGAGUGGUGGGGGGCACUCCAAAAUCACAUCCUUAACAACAGAUAUGGACGGAGGAAUGUUAUAUGCUAGUUCUUCUGAUGGCAAGAUCCAGGCUUGGGCUGUGGACUAGAAAAUCCAAUGUUUCUUCUGCUGUAAAUCAAAGUCUCGACAAUUCUUCACCAUUUUACGGUUCGUCUUCCUUUUGUUGUAAAUUGUCUUGGCAUUUCUUCAUAAUUUUGUACUUAAAUCUCAUGUUGUAUUACAAAAUUAAUUUCUUGGAUUAUGUACGGAAUCGAUUUUGAAUUAAAUGAUUAUAAAAUGAGGUUUUAUUCA